AUGGAUACUUCUCUUCCGGAGAGGGGAUUCGUGUCUCCCCUAGCCAUUGAUUCCUCAUGUAUAGAAACACUACAAGAAAAACUACUGGAGUCGCUUAGACUACGAUUAUUGACGAUACCGGGCGCUUUAACCUCAACGGAAACUAAAGUUGCCAUCCUUUUCUCUGGUGGUCUCGAUUGCACCUUGGUUGCGAGACUAGCACAUGAUGUAUUGCCUAUGGGAGCGCCAAUCGACCUUCUUAAUGUGGCGUUUGAGAAUCCACGGGUAGUGGCUGCAGCUACUAAAGGCUCGAUAUCCGGAACUUCAUCAACUUCUGUAUAUGAUGAUUGCCCCGAUCGCAGGACUGGCAUAUCAUCAUUUCAGGAAUUAAAAAGGGUCUGUCCUGGCCGGGAAUGGCGGUUCGUCCGCAUUGAUGUUCCAUAUACUGAAACUAUGGAACAUCGACCACGGGUCAAACACCUGAUGGCACCGCACAAUACAGAGAUGGACCUCUCCAUUGCCUGUGCUCUUUACUUUGCUUCAAGAGGCGAAGGCAUGCACCACUCAGAGUAUAGCGACAGGGAAGCAGGAGUCAAUUAUACCACACCUGCUCGUGUCCUUUUAUCGGGUUUAGGCGCAGACGAAGUGUUUGCUGGGUACAGUCGCCAUGCCAUCGCUUUCUCACGACAUGGGUUCCGUGGCCUAGUAGACGAAGUCCAGCUUGACGUUGGCAGGCUAGGCAAGCGGAACCUAGGCCGUGAUGAUCGCGUGAUAUCUCAUUGGGGCAAAGAAGCACGAUAUCCAUAUUUAGAUGAAGACUUUUUGACAUGGGCACUUUCUCGGCCUAUAUGGGAGAAAUGUGGAUUUGGGUGCAAGCAAGCUAAGACAGAGCUAGAGCCAAAUGUGGAAGAUGGCAAAAAGGCCCUGCGUCUAGUUGCGUGGAAACUAGGCAUGAAGAAUGUAGCCAUGGAGAAGAAGAGAGCAAUACAGUUUGGAUCUCGGACAGCAAAAAUGGAGAGUGGAAGAAGCAGAGGUACACAAGUCCUUGAGUGA